UGUUCAUUCGAGGCGGUGCUUAUCAUAUCGAGCGGCUUUACCCUUUUAGCGGUAAUAUUAUUAAGAUAUUUGAAGGGCAAGUCGUUUUGGAAUUAUUGGCGUUUAAUUGUGUUAAGUUCAACAGUACCAGAAGAUGAAAGAAGAAAGAUGUCACGAGAACAGUUUGAUAUCAAGAUCUUUAAACACAAAGGUCUGUUUCUCCAAGCCACACUUGAAAAGCAAGUUAUGUGUGACGCAGAAUUCAUUAAAGAGGAGAGUGAAGACAUGAGUGUUACAGACACCAGCACAAUGAGAAAUGAAGACGCUGCGGAACAAAGAGCCCGCCAGUAGGUGGCGGAAAUGGACCUGUUGUUUGUUUUCAAACCGCCAUAAAACCCUAAAAGAAGAAGAAGAAGCUGCGCACCAGAAAGAAGGAAGAGAACAGUUUGAUAUCAAGAUCUUUAAACACAAAGGUCUGUUUCUCCAAGCCACACUUGAAAAGCAAGUUAUGUGUGACGCAGAAUUCAUUAAAGAGGAGAGUGAAGACAUGAGUGUUACAGACACCAGCACAAUGAGAAAUGAAGACGCUGCGGAACAAAGAGACCUAAUGGAACUGGAAGAAACAACAGUAUCUGUAUGUCCUCAUUGUGGAAAGAGAUUGGGAAGUGAAGAGCAGCUUGUGAAGCACAUAAGAAUCCACACUGAAGAAAAGCCCUUCACCUGCCCUCAGUGUGGAAAGAGUUUCUCAAGAAAAAGUUAUUUCAAGACCCACAUAAGAAUUCACACUGAAGAAAAGCCAUUCACAUGUGUUCAGUGUGGAAAGAGUUUCACAAACAAAAGUCAUCUAGAGGACCACAUGAGAAUUCACACCGGAGAAAAGCCAUUCACAUGUGUUCAGUGUGGAAAGAGUUUUACACAAAGAAGUGUUCUCAAGACCCACAUGAGAAUUCACACCGGAGAAAAGCCAUUCACAUGUGUUCAGUGUGGAAAGAGUUUUACACAAAGAAGUGUUCUCAAGACCCACAUGAGAAUUCACACUGAAGAAAAGCUACACGCAUGUGUUCAGUGUGGAAAGAGUUUCACAAGAAAAACUGGUCUUGUGUCCCAUAUGAGAAUUCACACUGGAGAAAAGCCACAUGUUUGUUUUCAGUGUGGAAAGAGUUUCAAAAGCAAAUUUAAUCUAGAGGUCCAUGUGACAAUUCACACUGGACAGCGUCCAUACACAUGUGUUCAGUGUGGAAAGAGUUUCACAAGAAAAAGUAAUCUAGAGAAACACAUUAGAAUACACACUGGACAAAAGCUGUAUGCAUGUGUUCAGUGUGGAAAGAGUUUCAAAUACAAAAGUAAGCUAGAGGUCCACAUGAGAACUCACACUGGAGAGCGUCCAUACACAUGUGUUCAGUGUGGAAAGAGUUUCACUCAAAAAAGCAGUCUUAAGACACACGUGAGAAUUCACACUGGAAACGGCCUAUACAACUGUACUCCGUGUGGAAAGAGUUUCACACACAAAAGUCGUCUAGAGGACCACAUGAGAACUCACACUGGAGAAAAGCCGUAUGCAUGUGUUCAGUGUGGAAAGAGUUUCACAUACAAAAGUGUUCUUAAGACCCACAUGAGAAUUCACACUGGAGAAAAGCCAUUCACAUGUGUUCAGUGUGCAAAGAGUUUCAAAUACAAAAGUAAGUUAGAGGUCCACAUGAGAACUCACACUGGAGAGCGUCCAUACACAUGUGUUCAGUGUGGAAAGAGUUUCACUCAAAAAAGCAGUCUUAAGACACACGUGAGAAUUCACACUGGAGAAAAGCCUUUCACCAAGUAGGGGUCUCUGCAUGUCAGAGAAAUGGGCGUGCCGAAGGUUCCUCACUGGUCAAAGGUGCUCCGCCUUGGCAACUGAGUUGACCAAUCAGCGUUAAUCACACAAAUACGUCGUUUCUUUUAAAUAUGAAGAUGGUCGCAAUAAGGCAUGAUGCAAAAUUUGCAAAUUUGUGAAUAUAAGCCGUUAAAGACUAAAUCAAAAUGUAUCAGACGAGCCAGUGUUUUUGCUAAAUUGCUGUAAUAAUACAUUACAGAAGGUAACUAAACAGCUCUUACUCAUCUAGAAGCAGCUGUCGUUAUGUUUUAUGAGUAUUUCAGUCUUACUGCAUGUUUUUGCUUACAUGCACUAAAUCGUACUAAACCGAUAGCUGUCAUACAGUAAAAGGCAUUUCUAUGUUGUUGCUAUUCUAUCAUGACAGGAAAGCAAUUUUUUUUACUUAAAACAGCUUGUGCAGUUGUAGUCUUGUUUUAGAGACAUUUGUACCACCCUUUAAAUAAUUUGUUUUUGAUUGUGACACUUAUCAGCAGUUACUUAAAUAUCAGUUAUUUAUAAAUAGUUCAACUCCGAUAUAGACAGUUUCAUCUGACGUUUUCUGAGACUGAAAAAUCUUUUUUUUGUGAAUGUGUACCAGAUGUUCAGUUGGAGGUCACAAAAGUGCGCAUGCACAGUAACGUUUGUUUAUGAUGUUGAGAUGAAACCAUCUAUAUGCAAUCCCUUGAACCUUCACUUUACAUUUACAAUAAAAUGCAAUAUGAUACUAACCCUAUCC